AUGUUAGAGGAAAACCACACGGCAGUGACUGAGUUUAUUCUCUUGGGACUGACAGAUCGCCCCGAGUUGCAGCCUGUCCUCUUUGUGGUCUUCCUAGUCAUCUACCUGAUCACCGUGAUUGGCAACGUGAGCAUGAUUUUGGUAAUCAGAAGUGACUCAAAACUCCACACGCCAAUGUACUUCUUCCUCAGCCACCUCUCCUUUGUAGACCUCUGUUAUGCCACCAGUGUCUCUCCUCAGAUGCUGGUUCAUUUCUUAUCCAAGAGAAAAACCAUUUCUGUCAUUGGUUGCUUUAUACAAUUCCACUUUUUCAUUGCCCUGGGGAUCACAGACUACUACAUGCUCACAGUGAUGGCUUAUGACCGCUACGUGGCCAUCUGCAAACCUUUGUUGUAUGGCAGCCAAAUGUCCAGAUGCGUCUGUCUCUCUCUUGUUGCCGCUCCUUAUAUUUACGGCUUUGCAAAUGGUCUGGUCCAGACCAUCCUGAUGCUUCGUCUCUCCUUCUGUGGACCCAAUGAGAUCAACCACUUUUACUGUGCAGACCCACCUCUCUUAGUCCUUGCCUGCUCGGAUACGUAUGCCAAAGAAAUGGCCAUGUUCUUGGGGGCUGGUUCCAACCUCACCUGCUCUCUCACCAUCAUUCUCAUGUCUUACAUUUUCAUUUUCACAGCCAUUCUGCGUAUCCACACUGCUGAUGGGAGGCAAAAGGCCUUCUCCACGUGUGGGUCCCAUUUGACAGCUGUCACCGUCUUUUAUGGGACAUUGUUCUGCAUGUAUCUGAGACCCCUUUCUGACGCAUCAGUAGAGCAGGGAAAAAUUGCAGCUGUCUUUUAUAUCUUUGUGAGCCCUAUGUUAAACCCUUUCAUCUAUAGCCUACGCAACAAAGAUGUUAAAAGAGCAAUCAAGGAAGUUUUCCACAAGAAUUGUUUACUAAAUAAAUGA